AUGAUUAGUACUCAAAUGGUUUCUAAAUUCACAAUCCACUAUGAUCAUUUCUUUAGUAGUAAUAGGAAGAAGAAUUAACUAGCUUUCUUUUCUGAAAGCUUUAAUGUUUUCAAAUAGAAAUUAUUAGAUUUUACAUAGAGUAAAUCACAAGAUUGUUAUAUUAUUGAGAAUUUCAAAUAUCCACGAUAGCAACAGAUAAUUGUAUAAGAAUUAACUUCUUUCAUUAAAUUUCAAUUAAUUGUAAUCAUAAUAUCCUAUGAGAUAGAAAGAUCAAAUAAAUAAUCUGCCUAACUAAAAUACCCAAAUCAUUUAAUCCCCAAAACUAUUCUGUGA